UUUAUUAAACUGUGUGUGAUUUUCUGCAACGCGCAAAUGUGGCUCGAGUGCUACAAAUUUAAUGUCUAAGUAUUUAUAUGAGAAUGAAGACAAGGUAUACAUUGAUGUUACGGAGAUGGCAGACUACCUUCAAAGGAAGUAUCGUGACUAUCGGGGCAAGAAACGUGGCCCAUUCAGGGCGAUGGUACGCCGGGCAUACGACGAUAUAACAGAGAAUCUUACUAGACAGGCUGAUACCCACUGGGAUGAUGAAGAUGAAAUAGACAUUGAGUCUGAUUCACAGGUCGAUGCACUACCCACCGAGUAUCUACAAACUUAUAAACGGCAAAAUUCAGGAAGACAAAAUGGUAAUUCGAGUGACAAGGAACUGAUUGACAUAAGUAGCGAUGAUGAACAAACUAAGACUUCUACAGCAUCCAAUAAACCUGAAAAGGAGAAUAUGGAUAUGGAUACUACACAUGUGAACAAAAAGCCACAUUUAGGUUCUAGUAGUAUUGAGUCUUCCAAGGUAGUCAUCCACGAGGUAUAA